UUGUUCGAAAUGUAAAUGUAGAAAAUGGGGGAAUCCUGAGGUCGUCUCUGUGCAUUUGUGUAAGCAUGGGUUUAUGAAUAACUAUUAUACAUGGUAUGUUCAUGGGGAGACAUCUAGUAAUACAGUAAGAAACUUUGAAGGAGAAUCUUCUAAUAUGGAGUUUAUUAGAAAUGAGGUAGAUGCAUUAUACCAUGAAAUGGUAGUUGAUGCAGCGGGUGCACAGUCUGAAUACAAUGACGGGCCAAUGGCUGAGGAGUCAAAUAGUAAGGCAAGAGAAUUUUAUGAUCUCUUGCAUGCUGCAGAAGUCCAUAUAGGUGCUGGGGGACAAGAUGUUACAGUACUUUCAUGGAUGGCAGAAAUGCUAAAUAUGAAAACUCUUUAUAAUAUGAGUGCUGCUAAUUGGCAAAUGGCAUUCCCGCGUGUUCUGCUCUUCCCGACCCUCCCUGCUGCAGCCCGAAAGAAGGAAAAAAAAAAGAGGAACCCAGCCAUGCCUUGGAAAAUUGAUCUGCUCUGCUCUUCCUCUUCACCGCCGGCUGCUCCUGCUUUGUGGGGGCAAAUUGCUUUGAUUUUUCGUUCCCGUGAGCUUCCCCUGCACUUGCCGCCGGCUUCUCCCCCUGCCAAGUCCGGUUCUGCAACUGGAAAAUUUAUGGUUCUUGAUCGUUCUGUCAGUUAGCACCGAGAUUGAAUCUUCGGUUUUAUGUGAGUGAGGUAAGUAAAUUUAUGGUAAUGCCUGUACUGUUUUUAAAAACAUGUUUUGAUUUGUUUUUAAAGUGGUGGCGGGACUAAACCCGUUUUACACGAGCAUGACUGAUUUGAAGUGAAAUGUCUUAUGCUUUUCAUUAAAUUGAGCAUGCCUACUUGAAAUUUAAUGAUUGUCCUGAUGAUCUGAAAGUGAUUGGUAAAUUAUGUUUUUCUGUUAACUUCAGCCUGUUUUGUCUCCGAUGUGGUUAUGUUCUUGUAACCCUGCUAGUGGGGGUUAAACGCCAGCACAUGUCGGCACAUGUCGAUAUGUUCCUGAUAGAACCGGUUCAUUUCUGUAAUCUUGCUAGUGGGAGUUAAACACUAGUAAUUCCUGUUGCCUGCCAGUGGGAGGUUUAAACACUGGCCAUGACCUAUAGAGGAGACGUCUAUUUCGUUCCCGUACCGUAUCUGUUUUUGUGAUUGUACUUGUUGGCAUGCUACAAGUUUAAUUAAGGGCACUCCAUAUU